UGAAAGUUUCAAUCUGGAGUGUCGCUUGUUUCAAAUCCAUCCCUUGCUUCCCCUCCCCGCUUCCUCGUACCAAAUCUAGGGUUUCCGAUCGAAAUCCUCCGCCUCCGCCGCCACCGCCGGUGAUAAUGUCGGCCAGCGCCGAGCCCGAGAAGGACGCCGCGGCCGCAGCCGCGGCCGCCGAGGGCGACGAGGACGCGGAGGCGAAGGGCAGCGGCUCCGGCUGGGAGCUGCUGUACUGCGGGGGGACGAGCUUCGACACCAUGGGCCGGAAGGUGGUGGGCGGGGCGCAGGGCAACCUGGUCUCCCCGACGCGAUUGCGGCCGCUGAUGGGCGUCGACAUCCGCUUCGUCGGCUCUGGCUGCACUGCUUGCCACUGUGUUGCUUUGGAUGCUGAAGGCAGAUGUUAUACAUGGGGUCGCAAUGAGAAGGGACAGCUAGGGCAUGGGGAUACUCUUCUGCGUAACCUGCCAACUGUUGUUUCACAACUAUCAAAAUACAGAAUCAUCAAAGCAAGCGUUGGCAGAAAUCAUACAGUGGUUGUAACUGAUGAUGGGAAAUCCUUCUCUUUUGGCCACAAUAAGCACGGGCAGUUAGGGACGGGCUCCUUGAGGAAUGAAAUUGAGUCAUCGCCAGUGUCCUGUAUCGUUGCUGAAGCAACCAAUGCUGUAUGUGGAGCUGAAUUUACAGUCUGGUUGUCAUCAGUGGAAGGCUCUUCUAUACUUACAGCAGGCCUUCCCCAAUAUGGUCAACUCGGGCAUGGAACUGAUAAUGAGUACAAUGCUAAAGAUUCGUCUGUCAAGCUGACGUAUGAUCCUCAGCCCCGCCCACGAGCGAUAGCUACAUUAUCUGGGAAAACUGUAGUCAAAGUUGCAUGCGGAACUAAUCAUACAGUUGCAGUUGAUUCCAGUGGCUUUGUUUACACCUGGGGUUUUGGUGGAUAUGGAAGGUUGGGCCACAGAGAACAGAAGGAUGAAUGGCAACCUCGUCUUGUAGAAAUCUUCCAGAAACACAACGUUCUGCCUCCUAAUGCUAUUGUCUCAGCUGGUUCCGCAAGUUCUGCAUGCACAGCUGGUGGUGGACAGUUGUACAUGUGGGGAAAGAUGAAGAAUACAGGCGAUGAUUGGAUGUAUCCAAAGCCUGUAAUGGAUUUAAGUGGUUGGAAUAUUCGCUGCAUGGCUUCUGGUAACAUGCACCACGUUGUUGGUGCUGAUGAUUCAUGCAUAAGCUGGGGUGUUGCCCAGAAUGGAGAGCUUGGUUAUGGGCCUAAUGGGCAGAAGUCAUCUGCUAAUCCCAAAAAGGUUGACAUUCUUGAGGGAAUGCAUGUUACAAGUGUUGGUUGUGGAUACGGACUGUCUCUAAUUGUUGUGGACAGGGCAAAUAUUGGUGAUCGACUUGAUAAGCUGGAGAUUUAUGAUGGUGAUACAACUGAAGUAGAGGAGAAGGUGGAGGUGCAAGCAACCAAGAAGGCAUCUGCUAGCACCAAUUCACGUGCCAACAAGCGCAAGAAAACCAAGGAUGAUUCUGAAUCAGAAGAGGAAGAUGAUGAGGAUGAAAGUGGAGAUGAUGAGAAUGGAGAAAUAGAAGAGGCCAAGGGUAGGCGUGGCCGCAAACCCUCUAAUAGGGGGAGAGGCAGGGGAGCCAAAAAGGCAGCUCCUGAGACAAAGCCAUCUGGAAGAGGCAGAGGCCGCCCUAAGAAAACUGAGAGCCCUGCUCAGAAAGCUGGAAACUCGGGUGGCCGUGGUGGAAAGAGAGGUGGAAAAAGAGGAAGACCCCGGAAGUGAUCAUAUGGUCUGCAGUAAGGUGGUGUUGAAGUCAGAUCAAGUGAUCUCUAACACCUGAUGUGAUCCAACCAUUGAAGAUUUAAUUUUGGUAGCAAAGCCUCCGGCCGUACCUCAGUUUCGCCAAUUGCAGCUAUUCAAAAACUUCAUCUCUUUUUUGCCCCCCUUUUCCAAAUUGAGUGUUCCAUCUGAUUGUAAGUCUAGAAAUGCUUAACCUGUACAUCUGUGUUAUUUGCCGAUGUUUUAGGCUAUUAUGGACCCCAUCAAUAGAGUGAUUUAUCCUGUUCAAUCAUACUGUCCCUUUGGUUAACCAUCA